AUUGCGGCCGAUACUCUGUUUUUUUUUUUAAAAAUUUUCCGUUUCGACAUUUUUUAACGUUUUAUUUUUUUUCGUCGUUGUGUCUCAACAACCCUCGAGGGCUUCUACACAGACGCCAUUCGUGUCGUCGUCGUCGUUUGCCGGUCCCUAUCGCUUGGCGCUGACGGGACAUUUUUUCCACCCCAUAUCUGUGGUACCUAGACAUGUGACAUGAAGGUCACAAUUGUAAUCAAAACAAUUGUACUGAUGACCCUCGUGGUCGACGAGAUCUCCAGAGCUUACGCCAAACACCGCGAAGGAAAAUACAAAGGAACCCACUGGUGGGGAAUUGCAAAAGCUGGCGAACCUAAUAAUUUGGCUCCUAUGACUCCUGGUUUGAUGCUUAUGGACACGUCAUCGUUGACAUUACUGCGCAAUAAACAGAGGAGGAUGAUUCGUGAACAUCCAGGUGUAUUACAAGCAAUCAGCAGAGGCGUCAACAUGGCACUGCAAGAGUGUCAGCACCAGUUCCGAAAUAGGCGUUGGAACUGUUCAACUAAAAACUUCUUAACUGGCAAAAACUUAUUUGGGAAAAUUGUGGACAGAGGUUUCAGGGAGACGGCGUUCAUCUACGCGAUCACCAGCGCGGGCGUGACGCACGCGGUGUCCAGGGCGUGCGCGGAGGGCGUGAUCGAGACAUGUACGUGUGACACUACACACCAGCGGCGUGGACCGUAUAUUCAAAACUCGGUGCCGGGCGUCAAGGACUGGGAGUGGGGUGGUUGUUCGGACAACAUAGACUUUGGGUACAAGUUUGCCAGGAUGUUCGUGGACACUGGCGAGCGGGGCCGCAGCCUUCGGGAGAAGAUGAACCUGCACAACAACGAAGCCGGCCGUAUGCACGUACAAUCGGAGAUGAAACAGGAGUGUAAGUGUCACGGCAUGUCGGGCUCGUGCACCGUGAAGACGUGCUGGAUGAGAUUGCCCAUAUUCCGUUCGAUCGGUGACAACCUUAAGGACCGGUUCGACGGCGCGUCCAGGGUGAUGGUCGGUAACGCGGGCGGUCUGCGCCGGUUGCGGAGCAAGGACAACGCGCAGAACAAGCACUACGAACAGCAACAGCAACAGGAUCAGCAGCAACAGCCGCUGCUCGAACAGCAGCAACAGCAGCAGCAACAGAACGGCGGUGGAGACGGAGGCGGCGGCGGCGGCAGAAGGCGCGGCGGCGGUCGGAACAGGUACAACUUCCAGUUGAAGCCGUACAACCCGGACCUGAAGGCGCCUGGCACCAAGGACCUGGUGUACUUGGAACCGUCUCCUGGAUUCUGCGAUCCGAACCCGCGCCUGGGCAUACUAGGCACACACGGUCGUGCCUGCAAUGAAUCGUCCAUCGGCGUGGACGGGUGUGACUUGAUGUGUUGCGGUCGCGGCUACAAGACUCACCAAGCCCUGGUUUCCGAACGGUGCAACUGCACUUUCCUGUGGUGCUGCGAGGUCAAAUGCAGCGUGUGCCAGUACCGGAAGACGAUCAACACGUGCCUGUAGACCGCUCGCCGCACGCGCGAAUGCACCCACGUGGACCAGCUGACGGCGCACGUAUGACAUCAUUCCAUACAUCCAUCAUUCCUAACGCACAUGUACAAACGUUGCAUGUCCGAUUUACGGCAUUUCCGUAUAGCGUGCGCGCGUAUAUAAUAAAUGUAAAUCAUGAUAACCAUAUGAUUUCUGUUCUAUAACCAUUUUUACAUUAUCAAUUUUAUUUUUUAUUUAUAAUAUUAUUAUAACGCGCGCGAUCUAUGAAAACGAACAUUCGGCACACGGCACAGUUCGCAAUAUCUCAGCAGCGGCCAAAAGUCCGUUCGCUCCGUUGCCGUUUUUUGAAUCGUAUAUAGUUAUUAUAAUGGCGUGUGUGCGAGACGGACGAACGACAUACGAAGCGCAUUUCGUUUCAUAGAUUUUUUUUUUUUUUUUUAUUAUUUUUAAUAAUACUUCUACUUUCUAUUUUCAUUAUAUCGUUUUUUUUUUUUUUUAUAAAAAUAUUAUGACACCGUCAAAGCCCAGAAUUCUAACCGUUAUUUUACACGUAUUUUUGAAUGUACGUCCUGUUUACCAAACGUCGUUAAAUUUUUUUUUUAAAUUAAACUCUAUGCAUAGAAAACAGAAAAU